AUGUAUGUAGGUAAAAUUCUUGUCCUGAUUAAAAUCCAUCUAACCGAAUAUGUUUCAUUCUUCUUUUUCUUCCCCCAUCACCACCAAAUUUUUUUUUUUUUUUUAGCGUGUACUUUUAAUAACUUUUAUUUCACUACCGGCCAACGAUCGUCCGUUAAAUUGGUUUACAACGGCUAUAAUUUUGUUAAGUUUAUGCAGAACUCCAGGGGUACAAAAUGGAUCUGUGCCACGCGUUCAUCAACAAAGUGCAGAGCACGAGUGCGCACCACAAAAGACUCGAAGUUGGAGGUUCUGUUUGCUGAGCAUAACCACAGUUUGAAACAAUCAAAGUAUAAAUUCGAAGGCAAAUCUAGAAAUAGUUCUAUCUCAGAUGUAAAACAAAAUAUCGAAUAAAAUUAAACAAAAAUGA